AUGGAGUGGUCUAAGAAGGACUGGCAUUUCAUUCACUCCGCGUCUGGGCAGCCAAACUCGGCAGGACUGCUGGUUGGGGUUCGUGAUUCGCUGGCGAAAGUAGACGGAAUAAGCUGCGCUCUCGAUACGUGGUCGCGCAAGCUCGCCACGUACGAGCAUCCAAAGGGGCGCUCUCAGAUUGACUUUGUUCUGGUGAGGCAGCAUUCUGCGGACCGAGUAGCGAAGCAGACCAAGCCUGAGAAGACCAUCCUCGCUGGUUGGCGCACGUCAGGGCAUCUACCUCUGCAGGCCAACUUGAUUCUCAGCUGGACCAUGCGACAGAGAACUCGGCUACGGGAUGCUGCUGGAUCUCUGGUUGAUCGGAAGACAGAGUGCAAGAUCCUGGCCGAAUAUGCGGGCAAGCUCUUUCAUGGAAACGCUCAGCAGCCAGACCUUCCGGAGCUCCUCCCUUUGAGUGAUGAGAUCUUCAGCGCUCAGGCCUGGUCGGAUGCCAUCAGCAAAAUUCCUCGCUCCAAGGCUGUGCCCUCCUUUUCCCCGAAGACCUCCGUACUGAAAGCUCACUUGGACACUGUUUGCAGUAGGCUUGAGCACAUUUCACGGCUUUGCUUCUCAAGUCAAUUGGCUGACAUACCCGCGGAGUGGCUUUCUGUUCAGAUUGCAUGGCUGCCAAAGCCGGCCAAAUCACCGUCGAGGCUCAUCAGUGCUUCAUACAGUGGAUGGAUGGGGCUACGGUAUUCAAACUGCGUAGGCGCACUCACUCAAACGCUUCAGAUUCCCAUCACGGACGAAGUCGAAUACCUUGGAGUCCUUCUUUCGUAUCGGAGUUUUGAGCUCGCCACGGCAAAGUACCGCAUCAAGAAGGCUGGUAUCACGCACAAGUCCUUGCAUAAGGUCCUUCGGAUCAACGGGCCGCUCGGCACGAGGCACAAGCUUCGCAUCUACAAGGCUUGUGCGCUUGCCAGCUUGCUUUACGGGCUCAUUGGAGUUGGCUUGAACCUGGAGAUUUUGGGCGACAAAGAGGAUCUCUCCAAGAUUGUUCGAGUUCUUUCACACUUCUUGGCGACCUACGCUCCACAGACUCAAGCGAGCUCCAAGCACACUCGUGACCCUGGGGCGGAUGACGCUGAGCCAUCCAAGUGGCAUAGGUCCAACCAGAAGGGCAACCCUGGCAAGGGUCAUGGAGUCAAAAGCAAUCGGCAAGGCGGUCGGGACACUUGGGCGCGUUCAAAGGAGGAUCAGCAGUGGUCGGAUGGCUGGAGCUCCUCCGAAGUGAAAGAGCUUAAAACUGCUCUCUCGGGCGUGACUCGCCUUCUGCUUCAGCACGAAGACUGGGCUCAUUCGGUCAAACUCGAAGUCUCUGACGGUUGA